GGAGCUCCCUACUUUAGUGAGCAGGAGGGUCACAGAGGUGGCGGCGGGCGGAGGUCUGACACAGGGGGGGCGAAGGAAGUCACGCUGGAGGAGCGGUGGGCGGAGGCGCCGGGCCCCGGGCGGGGAGGGCGCAGCCCGCCCGCACGGGUGUCCUCGCGGGGGAGAGGCGGGCGCACGCCGCUCCUCUCCGCCCUCCGGCUCACAGGCGGGGUGAACCGCGAACAGCGAGCCGGCGGGAGGCUGCCGGCCCCGGCCCGGCCCACGGCUGGGCUCCGGCGCCGCCCUCCCCGGGCCGGGGCGCGGCCGCCCACCGCCUCCCGCCCCUCGCCCUGGCCGAGCGCCGCCCUGCGCGUCGCCCCAGUUCCUGCUUCCCCGAUCCCAGGCCUUUCGCUCCCGGACUCCCGCCUCCCCCUGGAGGCUGGCCUCCUGCUGCUCGCCGCCUCCCUUCCGCACGUCGAAGCCGGAGGUGGGCCUGGCCGAGGGGCGUCUCCGCAGCCCCCGUCCGGAAGCGAGCGACUCCCAGCGACUCGUCCCGCGCCCGCCCGCGGGGGCGGCCCACGCGGAGGCCGCGGCCGUCUGGGCCCCUGCAUGGGAACUUUGUCCCUGCUUUUGUGGCAGAGAGUUGCCUCCCGCCGACGGCGGGAUCCAUCUUCAGUUCGGGUCCCUUCCCUCCUGGGGCGGCCCGGCCCACGCGCGGCGCCCGGGCUGCGGCGACGGCGAUGGCGCGGCCGGCGGCCGCUGCGACCCCCGCCCUGGGCGCGCUGCGGGGGUACCGCGCCUACGCGCGCCGCUGGGUGUUCCUGCUGGUGCUCAGCCUGCUCAGCUGCUCCAACGCCACGGACUGUCCCCACUGCUGGCAGGGACUCGGCUGUGUUCACCACCUCAGCCCUGAAACCUGCACAGAGCCACCUGCUGUGGCUCAGCUUCGCGCCCGUGGCUGACACCACUGCCCGGCGCUUCCUCCUCUCCACCGAGCAGAUCAACUGGCUCUCAGUGGUCUACCUUGUGGUGUCCAUCCCGUCUGGUGUGGCAGCCAUCUGGUUUCUGGACUCCAUUGGGCUGCGCUGGGCUACCGUCCUGUGUGCGUGGCUGAACUUUGCUGGGAGUGUGCUCCGCUCCGUGCCCUGCAUGCUGGUCAAGGUCCAGGACCCGUUUGCCUUCCUCAUGAGUGGGCAGAGCCUCUGUGCCCUGGCCCAGACCCUGGUCAUCUUCUCUCCAGCCAAGCUGGCUGCACUGUGGUUCCCUGAGCACCAACGAGCCACAGCCAACAUGAUCGGCACCAUGUCAAACCCCCUGGGCAUCCUGGUGGCCAACUUGCUGUCACCUGCCCUAGUGAAGAAGGAGGAAGACAUCUCCAUGAUGCUGGGCAUCUACAUCAUCCCUGCUGGCCUCGCCUGCCUGCUGGCCACUGCAUGCCUCUGGGAGAGCGUGCCCCCCACCCCGCCCUCUGCCGGGGCCGCCCACUCCACCUCAGAGAAGUUCCUGGAUGGGCUGAAGCUGCUCGCGAGGAACAAGGCCUACGUUACCCUGGCUGUGGGCUUCGGGGGUGGCAUUGGAGUCUUCACCAGCUUCUCAGCCCUGCUGGAGCAGGUCCUCUGCGUGAAGGGCUACUCCAAUGAAUUUGCAGGCCUGUGUGGGGCUCUCUUCAUUGUGUUUGGGAUCCUGGGGGCACUGGUUCUCGGGUUGUAUGUAGACCAGACCAAGCGCUUCACUGAAGCCCUCAAGAUUGGACUCUGCCUGACCUCCAUGGCCUGUGCGGCCUUUGCUGUGGUGUCCCAGCUGCAGGACCAGAAACUCGCGCUGGCCGCCACCUGCUCACUGCUAGGGCUCUUUGGCUUCUCGGUGGCACCUGUCGCCAUGGAGCUGGCAGUCGAGUGCUCCUUUCCUGUGGGUGAGGGCGCGGCCGCAGGCCUGGUCUUUGUGCUGGGGCAGGCUGCCGGCAUGCUCAUCGUGGUGCUGCUGACCGCCCUGCCUGUGCGCCGUGCACAGCCAUCUGUGUCUACCUGCCACGACGGCCAGGACCCGCUAGACUGGAAGGUGUCCGUGCUGCUGAUGGCCGGCUUGUGCACCUUCUUCAGUUGCUUCCUGGUCCUCUUCUUCCGCACCCCGUACCGGCGCCUGCAGGCCGAGGCCAGCGGGAGCCCCUCCAUCCAGGAGGACGAAAGCCCGGCAGCUGCAGACCGCACACCCCACCCGGCCGCCGCCCCCUGUGGCUCCGCUUCGGCACUCCUCUGAGCCCCGCACAGCUCCUGCAGGACGCUUGGGGGCAGCUCCGCUCCAAAGCUCAUGGCUGGAACCGGCUCUCCUGACCCUGCCUCCCUGCUCCUAGGAGCCCCGAGUCCCAAAGCCCCUGAACGUAAGAGACACCACAGGCCCUGCAGGGGCCCAGGGGUCAGUUAGCACAUCAAUGUGGGAUGUGCCGGGUCAGGGAGAGGCAGGCACCAUCACCUCAGCUGUGCCCACCAUGGCCAAGCUGGGAUAGGGUGUCUUGCAGAUGCCACAGGGACUCUGUCCUGGGCACGCUCAAGGCACAGCAUGGUGGCUUCUCCCGCUGCGAGAAGAGCUGCUGUGUACCAGCCAGUGGCCACUGACCAGGCAGGGUGCCCCAGGGGCCAGGCCAGGCCCAGGGUAGCUGGUGCAGGCGCAGCAUAUGGAAGGGUUGGCCUGGCAUAAGGGGCAUUUGCUGAGGGGAAGCUGGAUGGGUCGAAGGGUCUGAGGGCCUCUAGCAGGGCUGAGUCCGGAGAGGACAGGCACGGGGCAGGCCUCCCCUGAAGUAGCCUGUCCCAGAGUCUCUCAAUCUGCAGACCACUGAGAGGCCAGACCCCCUGCACGGGAGCCAGGCCAGGUGGGGGGAGCAGGUGGAGCCGGGCUGCGUGUGGACGGGGAAGCAGAGGAGGGCCCCGCAGUCAGAUAGUCCACUCCAGACCCCUUAACCGCUCCAGACCCUCCCAGGCCGCGACGGACAGCCCCACCCUGUGGACACUGCCUCCCCUCCACAGACGGUGACAGGCAGGGCGUGGGUGUGCGUUCAUCGAGUUGGCCAGGCUUGGGGCUGCCCCACCCCUCCCCCUCUGCCCUGUGGCGAGCAUGCAGCCCAGUGCCUGGUAGCGGAGGCAGCACCCAUGGAACAUCUGGCUGGCCUGCGAGCAGCUGUUUGCUGGCGGGCGUCAGACCAGGCCGGAGGGCAGGCAGCAACAGGGUGUCCAAGGGCCCCAGCAUGCCCUGAAUUACAGGCACUGAUCCAG